CGUCUUUUCACCAUUACACCACUCUCCCCUCAUCGUAUUUCACAUUUUUUAGGAAAAAAAAAUCACCCUUCAUCCAUUUAUUAAACAAAACUAAAAAAACCAGAAAAUUUGUUUUAUUUCCCAGGAAAUACUUCCCGAAGUAGUUCUUCGAUGCGUGCAUUGUCCCUCCAUUUUGUCAUUUGAUUCCUUUUCUUCUCUCCUCCAAUUCCCAAAUAUGACUUGACCUCCUCCUCAAUUCUUCCUCAUGUUUUCGGCUUCUCCUCGCUUCACUGCGCCUGUAAUUCGCUGCCUUCUUCUUUCCUUUCUUAAUCGAUGUUCAAACCCUCAAAAUCAGAACAGCUGAAUGUUCCUUUUCUGACUUCCACUCCAUUUAAGGUUUGCUAGAGCUGAAAGUAUGGAGUGGAAGCGUGCGGGUUCUCUUUGUAAAGCACCUUUGAGUGUUUCCACUGUGAUGCAGGAGAAGCCUCAGUCGGAGCAACGUAGGGGAGCUAUGGAUCUUGCUGAUGUUGAUAUAGACCUUAGAGAAGUGUACCUUUUGAUUGUGCAAUUUCUGUCUGCUGGUCCUUGCAAGAGAAGUUUUGAACAUCUGUUGAAUGAGCUUUUGGAAAAUCAACUUCUACCUAGACGAUAUCAUGCUUGGUUUUCCAGAAGUGGCAUGCGUAGUGGGAAUGAUGAUGAUGAUGUUGAUGAGGACGAUGAUGGCAUUUCCCUACCUUUAAGUUAUGAUAAAUUAGUGGAGAGAUAUCCUCACAUUGAGAAGGACCACUUGGUAAAGCUUCUGAAACAACUGCUAACCAAGGAUGGAGGAGAUGCUCGUGCUCCAAAAGCUGCUUCUGUUCCUACAUUAUUGGGAUAUGGUUCUUUUUCGCUUUUGGAUGGUGAUAGGACUACAAAAAAUAGGCAAGGCAAGUCUGUGCCUAUCUACCUACGUUGGCCUCAUAUGCAAGCUGAUCAAGUACGUGGGCUAAGUUUAAGAGAAAUUGGAGGAGGUUUUGCGAAGCAUCACCGGGCUUCCUCUAUUCGCUCUGCAUGUUAUGCAAUUGCUAAACCUUCAACCAUGGUUCAAAAGAUGCAGAAUAUAAUGAAGCUGCGGGGGCAUCGCAACGCAGUCUAUUGUGCCAUAUUUGAUCGCUCAGGGAGAUAUUUCAUAACUGGUUCAGAUGAUCGUCUGGUCAAGAUUUGGUCAAUGGAAACUGCAUUUUGCUUAGCUAGCUGCCGUGGACAUGAAGGUGACAUAACAGACCUAGCUGUAAGUUCAAACAAUGCUUUGGUGGCCUCAGCUUCAAAUGAUUUUGUGAUUCGAGUGUGGCGCUUGCCCGAUGGAGCACAGAUUUCAGUUUUACGGGGGCACACUGGAGCUGUCACUGCUAUUGCAUUCAGUCCCAGGCCAACCUCUGUUUACCAGCUUUUAUCGUCGUCAGAUGAUGGGACUUGUCGGAUCUGGGAUGCUAGGUAUUCGCAGUGUAGCCCACAAAUAUACUUGCCAAAACCGCCAGAUGCUGUCAAUGGUAAGAGCAAUUAUCCAUCAACAAAUGGACCAUCUGCAAGUAAUGCUCCUCAGACCCAUCAAAUACUAUGUUGUGCAUAUAAUGCUAAUGGGACUGUUUUCGUUACUGGUAGCUCUGACACUUUUGCAAGGGUUUGGGUUGCCUGUAAGCCUAGUGCAGAUGACUUGGAACAACCAAUCCAUGAGCUGGAUGUUUUGGCUGGCCACGAAAAUGAUGUUAAUUAUGUUCAAUUUAGUGGCUGUGCUGUGCCUUCAAGAUCUUCAAUGUCUGACAUUAUGAAGGAGGAGAAUGUUCCAAAAUUUAAAAAUUCUUGGUUCUGCCAUGACAACAUUGUUACUUGUUCUCGUGAUGGUAGUGCAAUCAUUUGGAUUCCAAAAUCACGUAGAUCUCAUGGAAAAGUUGGUCGUUGGACAAAGGCGUAUCACCUGAAAGUUCCACCUCCCCCGUUACCGCCUCAACCACCUCGAGGAGGUCCACGUCAGAGGCUUCUCCCAACCCCUCGUGGUGUCAAUAUGAUUGUGUGGAGCUUGGAUAAUCGCUUUGUUCUAGCUGCUAUUAUGGAUUGCAGAAUAUGCGUUUGGAAUGCUGUUGAUGGCAGCUUGGUGCAUUCUUUGACUGGUCAUAGUUUAUCUUCUUAUGUUUUGGAUGUCCAUCCUUUUAAUCCUCGAAUAGCUAUGAGUGCUGGAUAUGAUGGAAAAACAAUAAUUUGGGAUAUAUGGGAGGGUGUACCAAUUCGAAUAUAUGAGAUUGGACGUUUUAAGUUGGUUGAUGGGAAGUUUUCUCCGGAUGGGACAUCAAUUGUACUUUCAGAUGAAGUCGGGCAAAUACAUUUGCUAAACACUGGCCAGGGUGAGUCCCAAAAGGAUGCCAAAUAUGACCAGUUCUUUCUUGGGGACUAUCGCCCCCUUGUCCGAGAUGCUGCUGGAAAUGUGAUUGAUCAGGAGACACAGCUUCCUCCUCAUAAAAGAAACAUGCAAGAUCCUCUUUGUGAUUCCAGUCUGAUCCCUUAUCCAGAGCCUUAUCAGAGUAUGUACCAGCGACGUCGACUUGGUGCACUAGGUAUAGAGUGGCGUCCCACUUCCACAAAUUUUGCUAUUGGCCCAGAUAUCAAUUUGGGUCAGGAUUUUGAAAUGCCACCCUUGGAAGAUCUGGAGAGAAUAAUUGAGCCACCACCGGAGUUUAUAGAUGCCUUGUACUGGGAACCAGAAAAUGAGGUAAUGAGUGAUGACAAUGAUUCGGAGUACAAUGUCACUGGGGAAUGUUCAACAGAAGGUGAACGGGGGACUAUGUGCUCCAGCUCUUCUAGCGAUGCAGAGUGCAGAGAGGAAGAUGGUGAGGUUGAACUUAGUCAUAAAGAUGGUUUUCGCAGAUCGAGAAGAAGAAAACAUGAAGCUGAAGUUGAGUUAAUGACAGCAUCUGGGAGGCGUGUUAAGAAGAGAUCUUUGAAUGAACAUGAUGGCUCCACAUCAGGGAUUAAUAGAAUCAAGAAAUCAAAAAAUGGUCGAAAAUCCUCAAAGAGAAAGUCUUCCAAAGAAAAGCCAUUUAGACCUCAGAGGCUCGCUGCCCGCAAUGCCCGAAACAUGUUCUCUCAAAUCACUGGAACAUCAACAGAAGAAGAUGAUGAAGUUGAAUCAGAAGAUUAUUCAUCAAAUAGUGAGUCAGGGCUGCAAGAUUCAAGCAUUCAAAGCAUCAAGACUGAUAGAAAUUUGGAGAAUAUGCCACAAAAACCUAGAACAAAUGAACAAAUAUUAUUUGAUUAUGAGGAUGGAGCGAAGCCUCAUGAACUUAAUGAAUCACAAUCAAAUAUUGGGAACAGGAAGAAAUUGAUCUUAAAGUUCUCAUUACGGAAUUCCAAGAAGCAAGAACCACUAGGAGACAACAAAUUGAACACUAAUGACAAGACUGAACCCUCUCCACCUUCUGGACCUCAGGAAACUUCUGAAGAAAAGAGCGGCAUCCUUGGAUCAAAAGAUCCUGGCUUAUCUUGUGGAGAUGCAGUUGAUUCAGAGUUGUCCAGCCAAGUUAGAAUUGAUUGGGAAGAUACAAAGCAAGCUGUGAAGACCGAGGAUUAUUUUGUGGAAUUUGCAGGUGGAAAGGAGCUUGGAAUUGAAGGGGAGAAGUCUAAAAAUCACAUGUUCAAUGGGGAAGGGGAGCAUUUGAGGACUGAUUCUUUUGGUGAUCCAAAUUGUUUGAAAAUGGGAGAGUUUGCACCCUCAAAUCACCAAUCUUGUGAACUGAAAGAGAAUGCUCCAAUCAAGUUGACAAAAUUAAGAAUAAGAACAAAGGCUAUUUCAAGUGACCUUGAGAAUCCUUCUAAACUAAAACCCAUCACUGUGGCACAUGACCUGUCAAUUAAGGAAGGUGAUCUGAUUUCUAACAGGGUUUCUUACGGAGAUCAAAGUCCAGAUUUUGUAGUUCAAGAGAAGGUUGAAGGUUCUGACAGAUCAAGUUCUCAGUUACAGCAUUCAGAUAUGGAGGCAAAUGCUUUAAAUUCCAUCAGUAAUCAGACUGAAGGUGUAGCUAAUGCGUUACGUAGAACGAGAUCAACGAAGAUGAAGUCAAUUACACAACAGCCAAAUGCUUGGCAACUUAACUCUAAAGGACUAGGACAUCAUGCAUCAGUGGGAACAUCACAGAAUGCUGGAAGUUCCUCCAUGCAUUCACGUAAUCAGCUUGUAUCUGAAGAAUGGAUGGCAAGUUCAAAAGGGACUAUGAGAUCAAGAUCCUCCAGAAAAGCACAGGACGUGUAUCAUGAGAAUAAAUCAGGUUUUCUAAACGAAAGGAAACUAAAUUAUGCUGACAGAAAAUUAUCGUGGUUGAUGUUGCCGGAGCAUGAGGAGGGUUACCGCUAUAUCCCCCAGCUGGGUGAUGAAGUAGUAUACUUUAGACAGGGCCAUGAAGCGUGUAUUGUUUGCUUGAAAGAACAGGGUCCUUGGCACUCAGUUAAGGGGUACCUAAGUGCAGUGGAAGUUUGCAAUGUUGAAAAGCUUUCUUAUGCCAACUUUCCAGGUUCUGGAGAGAGCUGUUGUAAAAUCACACUCAGAUUUGUAGAUACUUCAUCUGGUGUGUUUGGGAAGGCAUUCGAGCUGACCCUGCCUGAAUUGAUAGGUUUUCCAGAUUUUCUUGUAGAGAAGACAAGGUAUGAUGCUGCAAUGAGUAGACAAUGGAGCCCUAGGGAUAAAUGCCUGGUGUGGUGGAAGAAUGAUAAUGGGGAUGGUGGUAGUUGGUGGGAAGGUAGAAUUGUUUCUUCUCAGGCCAAAUCUCCAGAUUUCCAUGAUAGUCCUUGGGAAAGAUAUCAAGUUCGUUACAAGGAUGGAAACACCUACCCUCACAGUGCUUGGGAGCUGCAUGACCCUGCAUUUUCAUGGGAGCACCCGCACGUUGACCCUGGAAUCAAAGAUAAGCUGCUUAGUGCUUUUGCUAAAUUGGAUCGCUCUAUAAGAAAGCAGGAUUAUUAUGGGAUUGAGAAGUUGAAUGAGGCUGCUCAGAAAUCAGAAUUCCUUAACAGGUUUGCAGUUCCACUGUAUCCUGAUUUGAUCCGGUUGAGGUUAGAGAACAACUACUAUCGGACUUUUGAAGCCGUGGAGAAUGACAUAAGGGAGAUGCUGUCAAAUGCGGAGUCGUUUUUUGGUAGAACUGCUUAUAUAAAGCGCCUAUCAGAGUGGUUCUCAGAGAAAUUGUCAAAUUUGAAGCAAGUUGUGUGUGCAAAUUACGAUUAAGAAGAUGUAAUAAUUUUACACCACUCUGAUACACCAUGUGUUAUCCCGCAGCCAAUUUUGUAACAAUCUUAGGCAUUGGAUAAUAGGAUGCUUGAGAAAAAGUGGUGCGGAUAUACUGAAGAUUUCAUUGUGUAUAUAGUACUAUUGUUGAUGUAAGAUGGAGGUUCGUAGGACUGACUUAGGAGGUUUGAAGUUAGUUUCUUUUGAUUUUUAUUCUGGAAUCAGAUCUCAUCUUGUUUUUCUUCCCUAGCAUUUGAGGUAAAUAUAUAUGCUUCAUUCAU